AUGGACUUUGAAGUCGCGCACAUGGGAUGGAGAAUGGAGAGACUGUACUUGUGUUUCGAGAGCGAAUGGAAUGAUGAAGCGGGGCAAUAUGCAGACGUGCUUGCAGGUGGCACCGCAAAUCUAAGGCGUUCCCCCACUGAUUCGAUGGGCCUGCAGGUCUCGAGCCUCCUGCUUGGCUCCAGCUGUCGAUUAGUGACGACUUACAGCGCCGAGCUACUGCAGCUGUCCCACGCCGCGCCGGGGUUGGCUUCUGGUCAUCACGAAAUGGCCAUUGAGAAUGGGGAAACUUCUAGCGACACUCACAAGGAGCUCAAUAUCAUUUUGCAACUCGUGGAUUCUCGUUCCGGCUUAUCAAGCCGGAAGGACGGAUAUUUACUCCAUGCCCUGAUCUUCAACACAGUGUCCAUCUUGCAGCCCCGAUAUGUCUACUCUUCCUACUUGGGAAUGGGAGUGCUUGUCAUCGUUACUGUUCCGAUACACAACAUCCAAGACAUCUUAACCGAUUGGCCAAUGACAGAAAAUGGCAAGCGAGGCGUCCUGUGCCGGGCGCCGCCGUGCGACGCUGGUCCAGUCGCCGCACACCUCGUCUUCUAA